AUGUUGCACUUGCAGCUCGGAGCAGAACUGGAACUCUACGGUCGCGUCUUCAAGAUUUUGGAGUGUGACGAGUUCACGCGGUGGUUUUGUACAAACGCAGGGCAUGAACUUGGGGAGGCAGUGGAGUUGCCUGAUGAUACCUUCUUUCGGGCGUUUGUAAUGAAGCAACGAAAUAACUGCACACCAUCACCAGCAGUUCUAAGCGAGAUCCGCGCUGCACGAGCCUUCGCGGAGGCAUCUCGAGGAAACACCUGCUCCAAUAAGAUGCUCAACCAGUAUCUUCAGAACGACCGCAAAGUGCUGGUCUUUCACUGCUACUGGGAAAAUCCACAAAACUUUGGAUGUCGGACUUACUAUAAACUUCACUACUUCCUCAGUGACGAUUCUGUGGAGAUCAGAAUUAAUCCGAUAAAGAACUCUGGCUGCGACAACUACUCCACCUUCCUGAGGAAAGGGAAAUUGCCGAAGCAACUUGGCGAGUUGACUUGGUCCGACUACCAACUGAGCCGAAGCGAAUUCUACACGCCAGAGGACUUUGUGGUGGGAAGGGAAAUAGAUGUCUAUGGGCGUCAAUUUCAUAUAUACGACUGCGACGAAUUCACGCGGCAGUUCUAUCGCGAGUACCUGAACACUGAGCAGGGCCGGGAAAUAAUACCGGAGGAGAAACGCGAAAUUCCACAAAUCACGUGGCCUCCGCAUGCCCUCGGCAUAGGAACUGAAGAAGACACAAUCCAAUGCUGCACCCGUAUAACCCCCAAACGGCCACAUCCUAACGAGCGUGAGAUUCUCUUCGGAGAAGAUGUCAUUCUCAACUUCAAGGCAAAGUUGGUGAGCUCACGAAAAGAAGAUGAAGGAAGAGAAUUCAGGAUCUCUAUUCGCGAGCUGACUGACAAAAUAACCGUCUUUGAGUAUCAGAAACGCAAUUCGGGCCACGCAGGUGGCAAGUUCUUCGAAGCGAACAGCUUGCAGAACCAGCAAACGGGGAGAAAAUACUCAGCUCAAGACUUCUUUGUUGGAGCUGAAGUCGUCCUUAAUGGGUACACAUUCAGAAUUACAGCUGCCGAUGAGCGUACAAUGAAGGUUGAGUCGGGGGCUCUCGUGACGCUCGACUGCCUGAGACAGAAUUUGUGCGGUUCUCUUUCCGAGCACGAACUGCUUACUCUGAGUCGAGCGGCGGGGGCAAAACAUAACGAAAAGAAAGAGGAUGGGGUUGGGGAAAGCGCUGUUGAAGGCUGCUGCAUUAACUUGGAUUCCCUUCUGCAAUAA